AAACAAAACAAACUAGACAGUCCUUCUCAGUAUCAGAAGCCUGGCAAGUGGGGCUGGGGCCGCCAACCCCUGUGGCCCAAGGAUGGGCCCCACAGCAGCCCAGCAGAGCCAGGGCCCCCACACCAGUCCCCACCAGGAGAGACAGCUCUGAACAACUGCAGGGGAAGGAGGGGGGAGCAAAACUUCCCAUACACAAAGGCCCCAUCUCCGUCCUGACUGUUUCAAAGCCUCUGGGGAACACGCCUUUGCAGUCCACACCGCCACACUGAGCAAAAGUGGUGUCAUCAGGGGUCGGGCUUGUACUAGGCCAAUGUCUGCUGGCCUAGGCCUACAGUCAAAUUCAGAGACCAAAGACUUCAUCAAAAUACUUCCAUCCCACCUCCCUGGACCCCCAGAGGGAUCCAUAAAGGCAAAAGCUCAGGCAUUGCAGUACAUAAGAAAACUUUCUGCAUGGGAGAUGGCCAGGGAGCAAGGAUGCUCCUGGGAACAGAAUGGUGAAGAUGAAGAGACGAACACAUCUUUGUUCCCAUGUGGAAGAAUCCACUAAAUGCAUCCUAACACCAAACUAAGCAGUUAGUUUACUCUGGUUUUUUUCAGAUCCAGAAAAUAUUCGCACUGGAAACAAACCUUCAGAAAGAAAAAUGGAUCGCUGGUGUUGGCCAUCAGAAACUAACAGCUUUCGACGUUUCACCCCUGAGUCCUUGGCAGCAAUUGAGCAAAGAAUUGCUGAGAAAAAAAAGCAACCAGACAAAGAAAAAGAGAAGAAUAAGUACCAAGGAGUUGAAGAAGAACAACUUACUCCCCAGCUUGAUUUGAAAAUCUGCAAAAAGCUACCAUCCCUUUAUGGGGACAUUCCAUCAGAGCUCAUUGGGGAACCCCUGGAGGAUUUUGAUCCGUACUACAGUCUGAAAAUCAUCGUAAAUUCACUUGUUGAAUCUGUUAAGAAACUUGCUGACGUGUUGAUCUUGACUGUAUUUUGCCUGAGUAUAUUUGCCCUAAUAGGCCUCCAGCUUUUUAUGGGCAAUUUAAGAUUCAAAUGUGUCCUCAAUAAUACUGUGUACAAUGACUCAUUAUGUAAGGAUCCCAAGAUCUAUGUACCAAGUGAUGAAGAUAUCUGCCACAGAAUGAAUGGCUCUUCUGACAUAUUGCUCUGUGAGAUCAGUUCAGAUCCUGAGAAAGGGUGCCCAGAAAACUAUACCUGCAAGGACUUUGGGCAGAAUCCUGACUUUGGUUAUACAAGUUUUGAUCAUUUUGGCUGGGCCUUCCUCUCUGUAUUCCGUCUGAUGACACAGGAUUCCUGGGAGCGCCUCUACAGACAGACUAUCCGUACAUCUGGAGUGACCUGCAUUUUUUUUUUUAUGGGAGUCAUCUUUUUCUGCUCAUUUUAUCUCUUCAAUCUGAUCUUGGCUGUAGUAACUAUCGCAUAUGAAGAGCAAAACAGAUCCAGUCUUGCUGAAACAGAGGCCAAGAAAAAACUGCUUCAGGAUGCCCAACAAAUUCUAGAGAAAGAACAGGAGGUGGCUGCAGCAGAAAGCAGUAAGGCCUUGCAGGUUGGGUCUGAAAUGCCAGUUGGUGCCUUGAAAAAUUUGAAAGGAAAAGAGAUUAUUAAAGAAACACCUAUUUUAAGACAAAAUGUAAUUUUAGAUGAUCAGGAGAAAGAGGAGCAAAUAUUUAAUUCACAGCCUGGUCACUGCCACAAGAAGCUUAGGAAGAUCCUGCUGUCCUAUGAUGUGUCAGUGGACUCUAUUAAUGAUCCUUUCCGAAGACAGAGGUUAAUGAGUGCAGCCACUAUUCUUAGAGAUAAUUCAAAGUCAAAAGUGAAAUGUCCUGCAUUGUGGAAACGUUUUACUCUAAAGUGUCUAGUUUGGAAUUGUUGUCCACUCUGGAGAGCAGUCAAAGAGAAGGUGAAAUUGGUGAUUUUGGAUCCGUUUGUUGAUCUCUUUAUCAUGGUUUGCAUUAUCUUGAACACCUUAUUCAUGGCUAUGGAGCACCCUGACAUGUUACCAGAAACCAGAAACAUGAUUACUAUAAGUGAUGAGGUCUUCACCCUGAUUUUUACACUAGAAAUGAUCUUGAAAAUCAUUGCUCUAGAUCCUUAUUACUAUUUUCAGAACAAGUGGAAUGUUUUUGAUAGCUUGGUUGUUUUGAUUGGCCUACUGAGCUUUGGAACCAAUCUGUCACCUUUCAGGGCGAUCAGGAUCUUCAAACUGGCAAAGUCCUGGCCAGCCUUAAAUACUCUUAUGAGAAUAAUUCUAAACUCAUUUGGGGCUCUGAGUAACCUCACUCUGGUUUUGGCUAUCACUGUAUUUAUUUUUGCUAUAGUAGGAAUGCAGUUUUUGGGCACCGAUUAUGAAAAAAAAUUCCAUAAAAUAAGCACCAGUAAGGAUUUACGCUGGCAUAUGAAGGAUUUCAAUCAUUCAGUCCUGAUUGUAUUCCGAAUAUUAUGUGGAGAAUGGAUUGAAAUGAUGUGGGAAUGUAUGGAAGUGGCUGGAAAACAGAAAUGUAUUACCAUUUUCUUGCUAGUCCUGGUGAUAGGAAACCUGGUGGUGGUCAACUUGUUCAUUGCCUUGGUGAUGAGUUCACUCAAUACUGAUGCCUCAGGAGGACAAGAGGAACCUGGAGAAAGGACUAAAUGUCAGAUUGCCCUUGCACAGAUUCACCAGGGCCUGAAGUCUUUGAAAGACAGAAUUCUGGAUCUUUGUGGCAAAAAAAUGAAAGGAAGCCUCAGAAAAACAGACAAAAAGAAGACUUUGGAAGAAAUUUCUGGCAAAAACAUAGAGGAUAAUAAUUAUGCCAUGACAGAUGUCAGAAAAUACAUAGACAACAAUGGCUUUGACAUGGAGUGUUACCAUAAUGAAAAGAAUUCCUCAAUUAUAAGGAAAUAUAAAGAUCUUUCCAGCAGUCACAGUACCUGUGUUCCCACUGAAGCAGCAGAGAGUUACAGUGACAAAAGUGAUGAUGAGCACAUUGUGUUCACAGAAACAGAACACAGAAAACAGGGAGACAGAUUACCACAUAAAGAACAGCAACAGAGUUCAGGCAGCUUCAGUCAGAUUUCUGAGACUCCUGAAACCAUAAAUGUUUUCAUAGUGACACAUGAAAAGCAAGAGCAAAAAGAGCAUCACCUCAUAGAUUGUGGUAAAUGUUUCCCAUGUUGUGUAGUGGAUAUCACUAAGUUUCCAGGCAGAAGUUGGUGGAACUUCAGGAAAACCUGCUACAGAAUUGUUAACCAUAGCGGGUUUGAAUAUUUUAUGAUUUUUGUGAUAGUAUUGAGCAGCGCAGCACUGGCAUUUGAAGAUAUUCACCUGCAGAAUAGAAAAACAGUGAAAAUGAUCCUAGAUUAUGCUGACAAAGUAUUUACCUACAUCUUUUUGAUGGAGAUGCUUCUGAAAUGGGUAGCUUAUGGAUUGCAGAGUUACUUCACAAAUUCCUGGUGUUUGCUUGACUUUGUCAUUGUAUGUUUGUCAUUUGUUUCCUGGGGACUAAAUCCUGGUACAGAAGACAAGGCACGUUGUUCCUCUGGGAGUGGCCUGAAAUCUCUCAGGACUCUUAAAGCAUUGAGGCCUCUACGAGCUUUGUCAAGAUUUGAAGGGAUAAAGUCAGUAGAAGAUAGAACAAGAGAGUGGUUCUACCUGUACAUCCAGAUCAAUGAACAGCCAAAGUUUGAAGCAAGCUUAUAUAUGUACAUAUACUUUGUGGUUUUCAUUAUUUUUGGAUCUUUCUUCAUGUUGAACCUUUUUGUUGGAGUGGUUAUCAGCAAUUUUAACCAACAAAGGAAAAAGAUAAGUACUACUUGUAUUGGAGUUUCUGAAGCCUUUCAAAAAUUCGUCUCUCCUACACUUUUGAGAACUAUUCGUUUGGUGCGAAUUGGCCGAAUCCUGAGAUUGGUUCGAAAAGCGAGAGGAAUUCGAACCCUUCUCUUUGCAUUACUGAUGUCUCUUCCUGCACUGGUCAACGUUGGCCUUUUGCUUUUCCUAAUUACAUUUAUUUAUGCCAUUGUGGGCAUGGCAAACUUUGCCUGUCUUCCCUGGGAAGGUGGGAUUGAUAACAUUUUCAACUUUCAGACCUUCACUGGUAGCAUUCUCUGUCUCUUCCAAAUUACAACAUCAGCUGGCUGGGAUACUCUUCUGGCCCCUUUGUUAAGUGAAUCUGGUACAUGUGCUCCCAACUUAGUUUUAAAAGAGAAAGAUAAAAUUAGUUGCACAAAUAGACCAUUUGGUAUUUUUUAUUUUGUAAGCUAUGUCAUUAUAUCUUUUCUCAUUGUUGUAAAUAUGUACAUAGCUGUCAUUUUAGAGAACUUCAAUGUUGCCACCGAAGAAAGCACAGAUCCUCUUUGUGAGGAUGACUUUGAUAUGUUUUAUGAGACCUGGGGAAAAUUUGAUCCUCUGGCAACACAGUUUAUUGACUAUUCUGCUCUUUCAGACUUUGCAGAUGCUCUGGCAGAACCCUUGCGCAUUCCAAAGCCCAAUAGCAUCCAGCUCAUAUCCAUGGACCUCCCUCUAGUGACUGGAGAUAAGAUCCACCACUUGGAUAUCUUGCGUGCUUUCACUAAAAGGGUCUUGGGAGAAUUUGGAGAUUUGGAUAGUCUUGAAUUAUUCAUGGAGGAAAAAACAGUGGUUGCCAGUCCAUCUAAAAGUUCUCACAGGCCAAUUUCUUCUACAUUUAAGAGAAAACAAGAGGAGGUAUCAGCAGUUAUUAUCCAAAGGGCCUUCAGGAGGUAUUUGAUACAGCGUUCUUUCAAAAAUACAUCUUUCUUAAGCCAUCACAGGCAGACCAGUGCUGUCUUUGGAGAAGAAACACGGGAGAAGCAAAGGCUUAUUGUAUCAGUGCUUAAUGAAAGUAGUGGCAGGAAGACACAUAAAUCACGGCCUGUUUCUUCCAUAUCUCUCCCUUGACUUUAUGAUGCUGUUGCUGACACAAAUAAGCUGGACACAUAAGAUUAUCUAGGCCGCAGCAUUUUUGACAUUUAAAGCAAAGUCACUGAUUUUCAGAUGGAGACAAUAUGUGAAUCCCAGAGUAUAAUACUCUAAAUUUAGAAUAAUGAUGGCAGCCUUCAAGCAUUGUGAUUGUUCACAUUUGCAAAUUCUCCUUAAAAUGAUUAAGAUCUGAACAACUAUGUCAUAAAUAUUGGAGGAAAAUCAAACCAUAGAACUUUUUUAUCCGCUACUGGAGUUAAUUUUUUCACCUGCCAGUUUUGUCCUAGUUCAUGUGUUUACGGAAGAAAUCCAUAAAAGGUCAGUUGUAAGCACAGAUUUAUAAACACACAAGGCUCUAGAAUAAUGUAAAUCUCUUUAGAGAUAACCAGUGUUUCCAACUAGGCUUUAU